UCAUUCCGUCGUUUUCUUCUCUAGUCACCGUCAGUCAGUCGCUCACUCACUUAUCGCCUUUCACAUUUCAUCACUGUUAACUCAGUCACAACACGUGACCAACAGUCUACUCACACUUCAAACACAAGCCUUAAGUGCUCCUACUCUCCUCACCCUUUUCUAAUUUUCUUCUUCUUCUUCUUCGCACAACUCCACAUACUGCAUAGAGACACACUCUCUCUCUCUCCGUCUCGUUUAUGCAGUUAUGGUUGGUUUGAGCAGAUUAGGAUUCGAGCGAGAAUCCGAGUGUUCAGCGGUGCGUUUUGGAGGGUGAAAUGGACGGAAGAAUGAAAAAGUAUCGGCAAGUGAGUCCGGAGAGAGCUAAAGUGUGGAGGGAGAAAUCGCCAAACUAUCAUCAGUUAAGUCGGAAAUUGGCAGUUGUGUACUAUCUAUGUAGGAAUCGUCAGCUUGAACAUCCUCACUUCAUUGAAGUUCCGUUAUCGUCACCGGACGGUCUCUACUUGAGAGAUGUGAUUGGUAGGCUCAAUGUUCUCAGAGGCAGAGGCAUGGCUUCUAUGUAUUCGUGGUCUUGUAAGAGGAGCUACAAGAAUGGAUUUGUGUGGCAUGAUCUCUGUGAGGAUGAUCGAAUUCUACCUGCCCAUGGAAAUGAAUAUGUUCUUAAAGGUUCUGAGCUCUUUGAUGAAUCUAAUUCAGUUCGUCUCAGUCCUGUUGGGAACAGCAAAAUUGAGAGCUUGAAACUUUUAUCACUACCAGAACCAGUCUCUUCUAGAAGCCAAGAUAAUUCUUCAUCAUCUUCAAGUAUGAUUGGGAAGGGAGCUAAGCGUUUCCAAGACGAUGACCUUUCUCCUCCAGUUCAGCGUCCUGGCUCUUCUGAUGUGUCACCGGAGUCUACAGUUGAAAAGAAUUCUUCUUGGGGUGGUUCUCUAAGCUUGACUGAAUAUAAAGUUUAUAAGACUGAUGGAUCAGCAGAUGCUUCUACACAGACUGAGGAAAAUGUGAGGAUACCUAAAACAAGAGAAACCUGUACUAGGGGUGUUUCUACUGAUGAUAGGUCUAUAGAAUCUGCUUACAAUGGAAAUUAUCAAAACCAGGUUCCAUGUGUGAAAGAGAAUUCUGGGAUAUGUGGGCAUUCAGUCUCAGUUUCAGUUUCACCUCCAUCUUCUUGUAGUGUAUCUUCCUCCGGUGGGAAGACCGAAACUUUGGAAUCCUUGAUUAGAGCUGAUGUUAAUAAAAUUAACAGUUUCAGGAUUCUUGAAGAGGAAGAAAUUCGAAUGCCAACCAAUGCAAGACUCAAGGCUACAAAUAUGUUGAUGCAAUUGAUCUCAUGCGGGUCAAUAUCGGUAAAAGAUCAUAGUUUUGGCCUAAUUCCAACCUAUAGGCCAAGGUUUUCCCACUCUAAGUUUCCCUCCCCGUUGUUCUCUACUUCGAUAAUGUUGGGAGAGCUUGAUUGCUUGUCUGAGAAUCCAAGGUUGAUGAGCCUGAGACUGGAAGACAAAGAAUAUUUUAGUGGGAGUUUGAUUGAGACGAAAAUGCCUAAGGAAGAAGGAGAUGAACAUAAUGCUUUGAAGCGGUCUUCCUCCUACAAUGCUGACAGGACUUCAAAGCAGUUGGAUUUGGUUGAGGAGUCAGAUUCUGGACAUUCGAAGUGCAUACCUCGCUCAAUCAAGGCCUCACUAGGCAAGCAACCACGAAGCGAUUCAAGGAAAUCCCCUGUUUCCGACAAACCAAGAAAUUCCUCUGAUAGGGUUGAGAGUAUACCAAGUACCUCAGCCAAUGGUAACAGUAAAAGAAUAAUUGAAUCUGUUUCAGGUAAAAAACCAUCAAACCGGCUGGAUUCAUUCAGAGAAGAGAAGGAUAAGUUGUUCAAAAUUGAAGAAAGACUUGCUUCAGGAGCUCGGGUUAUAAUUCAAUCCCAAGUGCCCAACGAUGCCAUUGUCAGCUGCUCAUAAAGAUAAUUUUGAAGGUCUAGCAACGGAUAGAUCCUUUUUGUAAAAGCCUGUCAUUGUAUAAAACUUAAUAGUUUGGUUUGAAUUCCAAGUGAUGUAGGAUUUUAUGGCAGGUCCAUUUCAUAUGACCACUUUGUAUAUUGGAAAUGUGAAAAAGAAAAGAGAUAAAAGGUAAAAUUCUCUUAUUUGCCGAA